UGACAGCUCAAAAAACAUGUAAUUUAAUAAAUUUCAUUUAAAAAAGUGUUGUUAAAAAAGUUAAAUUGUUAUAAACAGUUGUGCAAAAGGAUUUUUGUUUUAAAAAUGUCGUUUUCUUUUGGAAAUACGACAAAUACCGGUUUGUCGUUCGGAGCUGCUUCGACGCCGGCUAAACCUGCUGGUUUUGGCACUGGUUUCACAUUCGGAGCAGCAGCUUCUACACCUGGUGCCACUGGAUUUGGAGCCACAGCCGCAAAUACUGGUGCUCCUGCAUUCGGUGCCCCAGCUGCCUCGAGUGCUCCAGCAUUCGGAUCCACAGGUUUUGGCACAAACACAGGAACAACAGGAUUUGGUCAAACUGGAACUGCUUUUGGAGCUACUGGAACUACUUUUGGUGCUGGAACCACAGGAACUCCUGCAUUCGGAGCUCCUGCUGCGGGCACUACUGGAUUCGGAACAAACACAGGUACAACCUUUGGUGCUCCAACCAGCACUGCUUUCGGAACAGGGACAGGUUUUGGUACGGGUACUGCUACUGGUUUUGGUACAAGUACUACUGGUUUUGGGACAAGUACUACAGGUUUUGGUACAGGCACCACUGGUUUUGGUACAGGAACUUCUACUUUUGGUACAGGCACCACAGGUUUUGGUACAGGAACUGGUACAAGUUUUGGGACGGGCACCGGGUUUGGUACAGGAACUACUUUUGGAGCAACUACAAGUCAAGCGCCUACUUUAGGAGCAUUUGGUCAACCUGCUUCUGGUUCGUUAUUUGGUGGUACAUCGACUGCUCCUGCUUUUGGAACUGCAGGUUCAACAUUCGGCAAACCAGGAGGAGCAUUUGGUGGCUUUGGUACUGGCUUAUCAACAUUUGGGCAAACCCAACCAUCACUUCUUGGACAGCCUCAACAGCAACAGCAGCAGCAGCCUCCGAAUCCUGUCGAAGCUCUAGCCAAUUCUGUUCUAAAUUGCUGUGUGUAUGGAGAUGAUCGAGACAGCACACUUGCACGAUGGAAUUAUUUGCAAGCCGCUUGGGGCACAGGUAAAGGCUAUUAUUCCAGCAAUGCUCCUCCAGUUGAAAUCAAUCAGCAGAAUCCAAUGUGCCGAUUCAAAGCUAUCGGUUACAGUGCAAUGCCUGGUAGAGACAACCGAGAAGGCAUUGUUGCUAUAUUUUUCAACAAAAAGGAAGCUGAUGUUAAAAGUCAACAACCACAAUUGAUCGCAAGUUUGAACAAUGUUUUAGGAAACAAACCUAACUUAAACAUAAACAUCGAUGGUAUCAAAAGUUUAUCAGAGAACAAAACACAAGUUUUGAUCUUUGUCCAAGAGAAGACAGCAACCAAUACACUAAAAAAGAUUCCAGCGACUGAAUUGCAUGCUUUCUUGCUGCAACCGAUGCAGAAGCAGCAGCUGGGUGCUUUGGGUGUUGAUAAUGUAUUGCCUCAUGUUUUGCCGGACCAGGAUCAGAUUAAGGAGUAUUUGGAGACACCUCCAGACGGAAUUGAUCCUAGAUUAUGGAAACAAGCACAAGCUGAUAAUCCAAAUCCGGCGAAAUACAUACCCGUGCCCAUGGUUGGAUUUUCAGAGGUGAAGUGGCGCAUGAAGUGCCAGGAGGAGGAGACUAAGCGACACCAGGCGUUCCUGGACAGGGUCGCCGAAGACAUCUCGGCGCUCCAGAGAAAACACACUGCCACUGGUGCCAAAUUGGCGGAGCAGCACAGGAAGUAUGCGGAGUUGCAGCAUCGAUUGUUACAGGUUAUUGUAAAACAAGAAACAACUCGUAAAGUUGGUCUGGCCCUGCAGCCUGAAGAAGAAUUGCUCCGGAGUCAGUUGGAGUCGAUGCAAGCACAAAUAUCUGCACCCACACAAUUCAAAGGACGUUUGAGUGAACUCUUAUCACAAAUCCGUAUGCAGAGAUGUCAGUCAAAUGCUACACAGUAUACUGAAAGAUAUAAAAUGGACAAAGUGGUUCAAGAUGAAAUGAAAAGUUUCCUGGAAAUGCAACAACGAGGCCUGUCUCGUCUAAUCGAGACAGUCAACAGUGAUCUCGACACCCUAAAAGUAAUCUCUGAUGGAAUGACACAACUGUUGAGGGACCGAGGAGUAUCAUUAUGAUCUGUACAAGGUUUUUAACAUAAAAAAUUAAAUUAAUAAUUGAUAAAUUAAUCAGUAAUAGUAUAUUUUUUUAUAAAGGAUAAAUAUGCCGAGCAAUUUUUUAUAAAUUUUACAUAGUUUGUGAUUUUAACUCUUGUUGGAUUUAAGUACAAAAUAUAGAAUUAAGAUUU